AUGUCGUCGAGUUCAUCGUCUGCUGUAUUGGGAACCCUCAUUGCCUUGGCAGGCCUGUUGCCACAAGUUGCCAGUCAGUGCAUUGGUGACGAGACCAUCAACACUCAGUUUGCUGAGAUCUUUUCCAAUGGAACCUCGACGACUUACGAAGUCGCCGAAGGAAGUUGCUGUCAAGAAACCAUUUGCGCCAUUCCAUGCCCUGAAGUCGUCGAUCCUCCUGAAAAAGUGUUUGGAAUUGUCGUCAUUUCCUUUAUUGCCUUGACGGUACUUGUUGGAUUCGCAACCGUUCUUUGCGUCAAGGGAAAGUCCGAGAACUACUUUGUGGCCGGCCGCACCUUGCCCCUAGGAGUCGUCGUCGCCACUUUGGCGUCGCAAUCCUUGGAUUCGAACGCCAUCCUCGGUAAUGUCGAUCUCAGUUACAAGUACCACUUUUUUGAUGGUGCCUGUUUGCCCAUUGGACUUGGAAUUUCCUUGUUGUUGAAUGGUGCCUUUUUGGCUAGACACAUCAACAACGAUGGUGCCUUGACACUUCCUGAUGUCUAUGCCCGUCGUUACGGAAGGGUCGUCGAAGUCAUGGUAUCCAUCUGUACCAUCAUUUCCUUUCUCUGCUUGUUGGGCGGAAACUUGGUCGGAUUGGGUGCCAUUCUCAACUACUUGUUGGACUUUGGUGCUGAAGAAGCCAUCUGGUUGUCCGCCGCCUUGGUCUUGCUCUACACCAUUGCCGGUGGUCUUUUUUCGGUUGCUUACACCGAUGUCAUGCAAGCCGGUGUCGGAUGGUUGGGUGCCCUUUCGUUUGCCUUUUGGAUGAUCAAAAACUCCGAAUUCGACGCGCCCCCACCGUCCAUUGGAUACCCCGGAUACUCCUACCCCAACGACGAAAUCUGCGACUUGUACGAAGGUGUCCCCUGUACUAACCUGGAGGGCGCUUGCUGCUACAACGAAGCCAAAUGGUGUCCUUCUGCCGACGACUGCAAGGUUGACAAUGGUGCUUACCCCAUUGGUGACCUUCGCGUCAUCCCUGAAGCCAUGACCGAUGCACAAGGAUUGACCCCCUUCCCCAACGCAAUCCUUUUCAACUGGGCCACCAUCUUUGUCCUUGGAUUUGGAAAUCUUGCCGCUUUGGACUUUCAAGCGCGUUGCAUGGCCUCCAAGGACGGAAAGACUGCCACCCUCGGAUGUUUCAUUGCCGGAGUACUCACGUUUAUCAUCGGAAUUCCAUUUGCCUACAUGGGUGCCAUCACCCGUGUCUUCUAUGGACCCGACAGUGCUCGCGCCGCAUUUGAAACUGAUACUUGCUCUGAAAUUCUUGCCCUCCCAACUUGCGGUUUGUGGCUUCCAGAUUCCGAAGCAUUUAUCAAGCUUUUGACUCACGAGGCACCCACAUUUUUGGGAGCCUGGUGUCUUGUUGCCAUUGUUGCUGCUUCCAUGUCCACUUGUGAUGGUGCCAUUCUUGCCAUGGGUACCGUCUUCUCCCACAAUAUCAUGAGAAACUUUGGUAACUGCAUCAGCAACGACAACUUGUUGACCAUUGCUCGUUUUGCCAGUAUUCCAUUGACUGCCAUUUCGGCCACCAUUGCCGCAUACUACAAGUCCAGUCACUCUCUUGGUGCCACCGGUUACUUGUUGAUUGUGGCGUUCGACGUGGUUCUUGCUUCUGUUGUGGUUCCACUAUUCGGAUGCUUCUACACCAAGAAACCCAGUCCUCUUGCUGCUUUGUGUUCCAUCAUUGCUGGUAUCCUCACCCGUAUCAUCUUGGAAUUCACUCUUCCCAAGGAUGGGUUCUUGCUUGCACCCUUUGAUGGCGACGAAUUCCUAAACUACGGAACGGCUGCUUCUUCUGGUGUCCCACCAUUCUGGGAUUUCCCAGAAUCUGAUCGAUGGGAUCCUUCGGCCGAGCAAUGUGUCCAAGAACGUUACUCCGAUCUAUCCGGAGCGGAUUCUCUUGCCGCACCAUUGGUUGGCUUGAUUGUCUUUGUCCUUGUCCAAUUCCUUGAACGCAAUGGCCCAAUCAUUGAAUUCGCUGAGGGCGGUUUGAUGUCUCCCUACAUGAAGGAGGGACAAGGCCUCGACCUUGAGGAAGAACCUGCCAAGGAAGUCGAUUCCGCCGAACCCGAGUCCGCGGAAAAGGAGUCCGACGAUGCUUAA